AUGGUCGCCAUGACGGAGCCGCGCGACCCGCCGCCGCCGACCGGCUGCGCCAUGUUCGGCAUCUACAGCGGCAUGUUCCGCCGCCGCCGCUCCGCAUCCAUGACCUCCCUCCACCGGAUCAACGGGGCCUCCUCUGACGCCGAGGCCCAGGCCCCGAACGCUGCGCCGGCACCGGCGAACCCGGCGCAUCAUCGGAAGCCCGGCGUGCACCACGACUCCUCCUCCCUCGUGCGCCGCCCCAACGCCAUGCCCGUGCCGGCGGCGCGGAACGGCGCCGUCGCCCGCGCCGCGGCACCGGCGGCGAACGACAGGAGUAGGCCGAUCACCAAGGUGGCGAACGCCGUCGGCGGCGGACCGAGGCCCGCCGUGGAGCCGGCGGCGGAGUACACCGGCAUGGCCGCAGAGCUGGACAAGAUGAUCCUCGACCACCAGAGGGUCAAGGGCACCACGCAGCUGGUGCGCGCCACGUCCGGCAACAUGAUGCUGCACCGCAACCUCGGCAACCUCAACGCGGGCGGCGGCGGCGGCGCGCCGGCUCGCAACUCCGUGGAGCGCGCCGCCAAGGCGACGAACGAGCGUAAGGCGCCCAACGGGUACGCGUUCUCGGGCAUGGGGAACAUCGUCAAGGAGCCCAGGCCGGCGGGGGGCGGCGAGCUGUGCCGGGCGCUGUCGCACCGCACGGAUCCCGAGAAGCUCAAGGAGAUGGGCAACGAGGAGUACCGGCAGGGGCAUUACUCGGAGGCGGUGGCGCUCUACGACCAGGCCAUCAUGAUGGACGCGAGGCGGCCGGCGUACUGGAGCAACAAGGCGGCCGCGCUCGCCGCGCUCGGACGGCUCAUCGAGGCCGUCGGCGACUGCAAGGAGGCCGUGCGGAUCGACCCUUCGUACGAUCGCGCUCACCACCGGCUUGGCGGCUUGUACCUCAGAUUAGGAGAACCUGACAAAGCCAUCUACCACUUCAAGCAAUCUUCCAACGAAUCCGCGGAGGCAGACGUUGCCCGUGCGCAGUCGGUGAAGAGCCGCAUCGCCAAGAGCAGCGACGCGCGCAGGCUCAAGAACUGGAUCACGGUGCUCCAGGAAGCGCAGGCCGCCGUGUCCGACGGCGCCGACUGUGCUCCUCAGGUGAUGGCGUUGCAAGCCGAGGCGUUGCUGAGGCUGCAGCGGCACGACGACGCGGACUCGCUUCUCAGCAGCGCCGCCGCGCCGAGGUUCGGCGUCGACGAGUCGACCAAGUUCUUUGGCACCUUCGGCCACGCCUACUUCCUCAUCGCGCGAGCUCAGGUCGACAUGGCUGCUGGAAGGUUCGAGGACGCGGUGGCGACGGCGCAGACGGCGUUUCAGCUGGACCCGAGUAACCGGGAGGUGACGGUCGUGCAGAGGAGGGCCAAGGCGGCGGCCGCGGCGCGGCUGCGUGGCAACGACCUCUUCAAGGCCGCCAAGUUCGUGGAGGCGUGCGCCGCGUACGGCGAGGGCCUCGACAGGGAGCCCGGCAACGCCGUGCUGCUCUGCAACCGCGCGGCGUGCCACGCCAAGCUCGGGCGGCACGAGAAGGCCGUCGAGGACUGCAGCGGCGCGCUCGUCGUGCGCCCCUCGUACAGCAAGGCGCGGCUCAGGAGGGCGGACUGCAACGUCAAGCUGGAGAGGUGGGAAGCGUCCUUGAGAGAUUACCAGGUCCUGAUCCAAGAACUGCCGGAGAAUGAGGACGUGAAGAAGGCUCUCUCUGAGGUCGAAGCCAAGCUCAAGGGCCAAAGGAAUGGGGGCGCAGCAGCCAGAUCUCAGCACUGA